AUGCCUUCCCUUCCCCAUUCUGAUGAGCUGAUUUUUUUCGUGAAUGGAAGAAAGGUGAUAGAGAGGAAUGCUGAUUCUGAAGUAAAUCUACUGUUCUACGUGAGGAAAAGACUUCGUCUUACAGGCACUAAAUAUUCCUGUGGAGGAGGAGGCUGCGGUGCCUGUACAGUAAUGGUGUCAAGAUACAACUCCACGACCAAGGCGAUCCACCAUUAUCCAGCAACGGCGUGCCUGGUACCCAUCUGCUCUCUGUAUGGGGCUGCAGUCACCACCGUGGAAGGUGUGGGAAGCAUCAAAACCAGGAUUCACCCUGUGCAGGAAAGACUUGCCAAGUGUCAUGGCACGCAGUGUGGAUUCUGCAGCCCAGGGAUGGUGAUGUCCAUCUACACACUGCUGAGGAAUCACCCGGAGCCAACCCCUGAGCAGAUCACCAAAGCUCUGGGAGGUAAUUUGUGCCACUGCACUGGAUACCGACCAAUUGUAGAAAGUGGAAAAACUUUCUGUGUGGAAUCAACUGUUUGUGAACUGAAAGGAUCAGGAAAAUGUUGCAUGGAUCAAGAAGAUGGGUCUUUGGUGAAUAGAUGGGAACAAAUGUGCACCAAACUGUACGAUGAAGACGAAUUCCAGCCCUUGGAUCCAUCCCAGGAGCCUAUAUUCCCUCCUGAACUCAUAAGAAUGGCAGAAGAUCAACAAGGGGAGAGAACCACAUGGAUCACCCCUGCGACCCUGAACGACCUUCUGGAGCUGAAAGCCAAUUUCCCCAAAGCCCCGCUUGUCAUGGGAAACACAGAAUUGGGACCCAGCAUUAAAUUCAAAAAUGAAUUCCAUCCAGUUUUUAUAUCUCCACUUGGGCUUCCAGAACUACAUUUUGUGAACACCACAGAUGAUGGGGUGACAAUAGGUGCGGGAUACAGCCUAGCCCAGUUGAAUGAUGCCUUACAUUUUAUCGUUUCGGAGCAACCGAAGGAGAAGACUAAGACCCAUCGAGCUCUGCUGAAGCAUCUGAGGACACUUGCAGGAGCCCAGAUUAGGAAUAUGGCCACUUUAGGAGGACAUGUGGUAAGCCGGCCUAAUUUUUCUGACCUAAACCCCAUUUUAGCAGCAGGAAAUGCUGCCAUCAAUCUGGUAUCUAAAGAAGGACAAUGGCAGAUUCCUUUAAAUGGUCCUUUCCUUGAGAGAUCACCUGAGGCGGACUUGAAAUCAGAAGAGAUUGUGUCAUCUGUUUAUAUUCCCUACUCCACUCAGUGGCACUUUGUGUUUGGACUCCGGAUGGCUCAGCGUCAGGAGAACGCAUUUGCCAUCGUCAAUGCUGGGAUGAGCGUGAAGUUUGAAGAUGGCACAAACACAAUCAAGGAACUUCAAAUGUUCUAUGGAAGCGUGGGCCCCACCACUGUCUCUGCAAGCCAAACCUGCAAGCAGCUCAUUGGGAGGCAAUGGGAUGACCAAAUGCUGAGUGAUGCCUGCAGAUGGGUCCUGGAUGAGAUCUAUAUCCCACCAGCAGCUGAGGGUGGCAUGGUGGAGUAUAGGCGAACCCUCAUCAUCAGCCUCCUCUUCAAAUUCUACCUGAAAGUGAGGCGAGGACUGAAUCAAAUGGAUCCCCAGAAGUUUCCCAACAUUCCAGAAAAGUUCAUGAGUGCUCUAGAAGACUUUCCCAUAGAAACACCCCAAGGAAUUCAGAUGUUUCAGUGUGUGGAUCCCCACCAACCCCCACAAGAUCCAGUUGGACACCCAGUCAUGCACCAGUCGGCCAUUAAACACACCACAGGGGAAGCCGUAUAUAUUGAUGACAUGUCCUGCAUUGACCAAGAACUCUUCCUGGCUCCAAUCACCAGCACCAGAGCUCAUGCAAAGAUCAUAUCAAUUGAUAUUUCAGAAGCCCUGGCACUUCCAGGUGUUGUUGACGUGAUAACAGCAGAGGAUGUUCCAGGAGAUAAUAACUAUCAAGGAGAGAUUUUCUAUGCACAGAAUGAGGUAAUUUGCGUGGGUCAGAUCGUCAGCACUGUGGCUGCUGAUACCUAUGCUCAUGCAAGAGAGGCAGCCAAAAAAGUGAAGAUCACUUAUGGAGACAUAGAGCCAAGGAUUAUCACAAUAGAGCAAGCCCUAGAGCACAAUUCAUUUCUUUUUGAUGAGAAAAAAAUCGAGCAAGGAAAUGUAGAGCAAGCCUUUAAAUACAAAUCAUUGAAGGGAAGUGAAGUCCAUGUGGAAGGACAGGAACAUUUUUGUAUGGAAACAUUGUCUAUCCUAGCUCUCCCAAAAGAAGAUAAAGAAAUGGUGUUACACCUUGGAACACAGUAUCCAACCCGCGUGCAGGAAUAUGUGGCUGCAGCACUGAACGUCCCAAGGAAUAGAAUCGCCUGCCGCAUGAAAAGAACUGGAGGAGCGUUUGGAGGGAAAGUGGCCAAGCCUGCUGUGUUAGGAGCUGUCAGUGCUGUGGCCGCCAACAAGACUGGCCGUCCAAUCCGGUUUAUCCUAGAACGUGGUGAUGACAUGCUGAUAACUGCUGGCCGCCACCCACUCCUCGGAAAAUACAAAAUUGGAUUCAUGAACAAUGGUGUGAUAAAAGCUGCUGAUGUCAAAUACUACGUCAAUGGCAGGUGCACUCCUGAUGAGUCUGAGAUGGUGGUGGAGUUCAUUGUGCUGAAAUCUGAAAAUGCAUACUAUAUUCCUAAUUUCCGGUGCCGGGGUAGGGCUUGCAAAACAAAUCCAUCCAACACAGCCAUUCGAGGAUUUGGCUUUCCUCAGGGUACGGUGGUAGUCGAAGCUUACAUAACUGCCGUGGCAUCUCAAUGCAACUUACCCCCUGAAGAGGUUAAAGAAAUAAACAUGUAUAAGAGAAUUAGCAAAACAGCCUUUAAGCAGACAUUUAAUCCAGAGCCAUUGCAAAGAUGCUGGAAAGAAUGUCUGGAGAAAUCUUCGUUCUAUGCUAGGAAACUGGCCGCAGAGGAAUUUAACAAAAAGAAUUACUGGAAGAAGAGGGGACUUGCCAUAUUCCCCAUGAAAUUUUCCAUUGGGAUCCCCACAGCUUACUACAAUCAGGCGGCAGCUCUCGUUCACAUCUAUCUAGAUGGCUCUGUCUUGGUGACUCAUGGUGGCUAUGAACUGGGACAAGGCCUGUAUACCAAAAUGAUUCAGGUGGCUAGUCAUGAACUCAAUAUCCCCCAGUCAUACAUACACCUGUCUGAAACAAGCACAGUCACAGUGUCCAAUGGCGUCCUCACAUUGGGAUCAAUGGGGACAGACAUCAAUGGAAAGGCUGUGCAGAAUGCCUGCCAAACUCUUAUGGCCCGUCUUCAUCCCAUCAUCAGGAAAAACCCUAAAGGAAAAUGGGAGGAUUGGAUUGCAAAAGCCUUUGAAGAAUCCAUCAGUCUCUCAGCUACUGGAUAUUUCAAAGGCUACCAGACAAAUAUGGACUGGGAGAAGGGGGAGGGUAAUGCUUACCCGUAUUAUGUUUAUGGAGCAGCCUGUUCUGAGGUUGAAGUCGACUGUCUCACGGGGGCUCAUAAGCUUCUUAGGACCGACAUCUUCAUGGAGGCUGCUUUCAGCAUAAACCCAGCCCUGGAUAUUGGACAGAUUGAGGGAGCAUUUAUUCAAGGCAUGAGAUUCUAUACCAUAGAAGAACUGAAAUACUCCCCAGAAGGUGUGCUUUAUUCUCAGAGUCCAGAUGACUACAAAAUCCCCACCAUCACUGAGAUACCAGAAGAGUUCUAUGUCACCUUGGUGCGUUCCCAAAAUCCCAUAGCCAUCUACUCAUCCAAGGGAUUGGGUGAGGCUGGAAUGUUCUUGGGGUCCUCGGUGUUGUUUGCCAUAUAUGACACAGUGGCUGCUGCCCGCAGAGAGAGGGGGCUAGCCAAGACCUUCGUCCUGAGUAGCCCGGCAACCCCUGAGAUGAUUCGGAUGAUGUGUGUGGAUCAGUUCACCGACAUGAUUCCCAGAGAUGACCCUUCAACAUUUACACCUUGGUCCAUCCGUGUGUCUUAA